UCGCUUUAAUGUUUGCUUUGUCUGUCUUUUGUUUUUCAUUGACCAACAAUGACCACUCUCGUCUCUCGCCCUUUGUUUCUUUGUGUAGCCUGGAGCUGGAGAGAUUCAAAUUAAUUAGUUGUUUGUUUUGUUUCUGUUACACAUUAGAAAGGGACGAAAAAACAAGGCAAAAUAAUUCCUCAUUUCCUCGGUUCCUCCAUUUCAUCUCCCCGGUUCUCACCAUAGCUUUUGAGUUGAGCCUCAUUUUUACGACAUUUUCGUUCUUCUGAUUUUGUUCAGUUUGUGAAAAUGCCAGAGAUUCAGUUGGGUGUUCACACUAUAAGAUCCCAUGGAGUUAGAGUGGCAAGAGUACAUAUGCAUGAUUGGUUAAUACUUCUACUCCUUGUAGUGGUAGAGGUAGUGUUGAAUGUUAUAGAGCCAUUUCACCGCUUUGUUGGUGAGGACAUGAUGACAGAUCUGAAGUACCCGCUGAAAAGCAAUACUGUGCCCUUUUGGGCUGUCCCAGUCCUCGCAAUAUUGUUGCCUUUUGCAAUAUUUUUUGUGUACUACAUUUACAAAAAGGAUGUUUUUGAUUUGCAUCAAGCCAUAUUGGGCCUUCUAUUUUCUGUGUUGAUAACCGGGGUUUUAACGGAUGCAAUCAAAGAUGCUGUUGGUCGGCCUCGACCUGACUUCUUUUGGCGUUGUUUCCCGGAUGGAAAGGGGGUGUUUGAUAAUGUGACUAAGAAUGUUAUCUGUCAUGGGGACAAAAGUGUCAUCAAGGAGGGGCACAAAAGUUUUCCUAGUGGGCAUACUUCAUGGUCUUUUGCAGGUCUUAGUUUUCUUGCAUUGUAUAUUUCAGGAAAAAUUAAAGUAUUUGACCGCAGGGGUCAUGUUGCAAAACUCUGUGUUGUCUUCCUUCCCUUGCUUGUUGCAGCUCUUGUGGGCAUUUCCCGAGUUGACGAUUAUUGGCAUCAUUGGCAAGAUGUAUUUGCUGGAAGUCUUAUAGGCAUAACUGUAGCUUCGUUUUGUUAUUUGCAGUUCUUUCCACCUCCAUAUGACAUGGAUGGGUGCCACUGUCAUGCAUAUUUGCAGGUGUUGGCAGAGACAGGAAAUGGUCAGUCAACAAACUCUAUCAACCAUCUUAACAGACAGCAGUCAGACGUUGAGUGUGGUGUUUACAUCCAACCUGCACGUCGUAGUACAAGGGAUACAAGCCCAAUUCUGGAUGCAACAGAAAUUGCUAGGAGUUACUAAUGUUGAAGUUGAAUGUAAUAGUCUUUACAUGGUAGAUUUGUACAAAUCUCCACAUCAAACCUGAACCAUUAUUGGCCAUGUUUUUCACUGUGGUCAGAUAAUCAGCUAAUACAUAUGCUUCAUUCACCAACAUUUCUGGUUCUUUUAUGGACUGAGAUUUUAUAUCUUAAAGCAUCACCAUAAAGAGAGGUGUCUGAGGUGGAUUGUGUGUGAUUACCAAAUUAUCUGAUUAUGACAUUGUCACUAUACACGAAUUUCUUUCAAUUAAACAGUUCGUAUUCCUAUAAAGUAAUAGUUGUGACCUCAUCUUUCA